CGCAGAAAUCACCCGCCAUAUAUUUAUUAUUUACCACCUGUCAAUCACUUACCCACCAGUAACUCUAGCAUGAUCCGCCGCCACCUCAUCCCCAACGCCGCCGCGAAACCCCACCAAUACCUUAAACCCUCUCUCUUCUCCACAUCUCCGCCGGAGAUAACCCCGCCGUUCAUUCACAAAUGCAAAACCAUUUCUCAAGUCAAGCUCAUUCACGGGAAACUCAUCUCCCUCGGAAUCAUAACCUUGAAUCGCACUUCCCACCUCAUCUCCACCUACAUCUCCCUCGGUUGCUCAUCCUCCUCCGUAUCUCUCCUCCGUCGAUUCCCUCCAUCCGACGCCGGCGUCUACCACUGGAACUCUCUCAUCCGCUUCUACGGCGAAAAUGGCCGUUUCAGCGAGUCCCUCUCUUUGUUCCGCCUUAUGCAUUCUCUGUCGUGGACGCCGGACAAUUACACGUUCCCCUUCGUCUUCAAGGCUUGCGGCGAAAUCUCCUCCGUUCGUUACGGAGCGUCUGCCCACGCGCUCUCUCGGGUUACCGGGUUUAAUUCCAAUGUCUUUGUGGGAAACGCGCUUGUGGCUAUGUAUACUCGUUGUGGUUGUUUGGGAGAUGCACGGAAGGUGUUCGAUGAAAUGUCUGUUAUUGGUGUUUGGGACGUUGUCUCGUGGAACUCUAUAAUAGAGAGUUAUGCUAAGUUAGGGAAGCCUAAAAUGGCGGUUGAGAUGUUGAGGCGGAUGACUAACGAGUUUGAGUUCAGGCCUGAUGAUAUCACCCUUGUGAAUGUGAUUCCUCCUUGUGCUUCUCUUGGUGCUCAUUCACUAGGGAAGCAGCUACACGGGUUCGCGAUCAGAAGCGAGAUAAUAGAGAAUAUGUUUGUAGGGAACUGUUUGGUGGAUAUGUAUGCAAAGUGCGGGAUGAUGGAUGAGGCGAACACGGUGUUCUCGAACAUGAGGUUGAAGGAUGUAGUGUCCUGGAAUGUUAUGGUUGCUGGGUAUUCAGAGUUUGGAAGGUUUGAUGAUGUUGUCAGGUUGUUUGAGAAGAUGCAGGAAGAAAAGAUUAAAAUGGAUGUUGUUACUUGGAGUGCUGCUAUAUCAGGGUACGCUCAACGGGGACUUGGAUAUGAAGCAUUGGGUGUGUUUAGGCAGAUGUUGUCUUCCGGGGUUAAACCGAAUGAAGUCACGCUUAUCUCGGUUCUUUCGGGUUGUGCUUCUGUUGGAGCAUUGAUGCAUGGUAAAGAGAUUCAUUGUUAUGCAAUCAAACAUCCCAUAGACUUGUGUCGGAACGUACAUGGUGAUGAUAAUAUGGUCAUUAAUCAACUGAUUGACAUGUAUGCUAAGUGCAAAGAAGUUGAUACUGCGCGUGCUAUGUUUGAUUCUGUUUCCCCCGUAGACAGGGAUGUUGUGACUUGGACUGUGAUGAUCGGUGGAUACUCUCAGCACGGGGAUGCAAAUAAAGCUCUCAAACUUUUCUCUGAGAUGUUCGAGCAAACAAGACCGAAUGCUUUUACUAUAUCAUGUGCCCUUGUGGCAUGUGCCAGUUUGGCUGCAUUGAGAAUUGGCAAGCAGAUUCACGCUUAUGCAUUGCGUAACCAAAAGAAUGCAGUUCCACUGUUCGUAUCGAACUGCCUGGUAGAUAUGUAUGCAAAAUGUGGAGACAUCGGUAAAGGCCGGCUUGUGUUUGACAGCAUGACAGAGAGAAAUGAAGUUACUUGGACAUCUCUAAUGACGGGUUACGGUAUGCAUGGUUAUGGAGAAGAAGCUCUUGAAAUCUUCGCUGAGAUGUGGAAAAUGGGUUUUAAUCUUGAUGGUGUUACGUUACUUGUUGUACUCUAUGCUUGCAGCCAUUCGGGAAUGAUCGAUGAAGGCAUGGAGUAUUUCAAUAGAAUGGAAACUGAUUUUGGGGUAAGUCCUGGCCCGGAGCAUUAUGCCUGUAUGGUUGACCUGUUGGGUCGUGCUGGGCAGUUGGAUGCAGCUUUGCGUCUCAUUGAAGAGAUGCCAAUGGAGCCUCCUCCUGUGGUUUGGGUUGCUUUGCUCAGUUGCUGUAGAAUCCAUGGAAAAUUUGAACUCGGGGAGUACGCCGCUAAGAAAAUAACAGAGCUAGCAUCUAAUAACGAUGGAUCAUACACGUUGCUCUCGAAUAUAUAUGCAAGUACAGGGCGUUGGAAAGAUGUGGCUAGAGUCAGAUCUUUGAUGAGACAUAAAGGAGUUAAAAAAAGACCUGGUUGUAGCUGGGUGGAAGGAAUUAAAGGAACUACUACGUUCUUUGUGGGUGAUAAAACACAUCCACGAGCUAAUGAGAUAUACCAAGUUCUCUCAGAUCAUAUGCAACGCAUCAAGGACAUUGGUUACGUUCCUGAGAAAGACUUUGCUCUGCAUGAUGUAGACGAUGAAGAGAAGGGUGAUCUACUUUUGGACCACAGUGAGAAAUUAGCUCUUGCGUACGGUAUUCUAACAACUUCUCGAGGUGCAGCUAUCAGGAUUACUAAGAAUUUAAGGGUAUGUGGCGAUUGCCAUACUACAUUCACAUACAUCUCUAGAAUCAUUGAUCAUGACAUUAUAUUGAGGGAUUCGAGUCGCUUCCAUCAUUUCAAAAAUGGAAUGUGUUCCUGCAAAGGUUACUGGUGAUGAUGCUCUCUCAGUGCAUCAUGACCUUAAGCGUGUUAGAUCCUAUUCAACUGGAUGAACAAAAGUGUCAGGGCAGGUUUAUCGGCAUCUGGGUCAAGCACAUGUCGGCCAUGACACUAAGCUAGCCUGAUAGGUACACAGCCAGAAAUUAAUAACCCAACAGGUCUCCAACAUCACACAGGUUGUGAAAUAAGGAUACUUCCUGAAGGGACAUAGAAAAGGAUAAAAAGCAUUGUGCUUACAGACCAACCCCAUGUAGAUUGUAUAAUAUAAAGCAAUUUUUGUAGAUGAGUAUAACUCUGGCUUCUUUAUGUUUGGUAGAAAAGAGAAUAUAGAAUCACAUUCCAUGAUUUAUUGUACA